UUCUUUCAGCUCCCACCGCUGGCUCCGAAUGGUGUAUCUUAGAAUUCCAAUAGAGCUUUUUGCAGGUAAUUGAAUUUCAAGCUUUAAACUUGAAUCGUGUCUUCUCCAUUUGCUUAUAUAAGCCUCAAAGUUCAAAUUUUUUGUUGUGUUUAUGCCAAAAUAAUUCUCUGUUUCUGGUUUCAAGCUUCAAACUUGAAAUGGGUCUUUUCUAUUUUCUUAUAUAAGCCUCAAAGUUCAAACUAUUUUUCGUUUUUAUGCCAAAUUAAUAUACUUUCUUGGUACAACAAAUAAUGGUCUAUUUGUUAAAUAGUUAAGAUGGGGGGUUUUGCUCAAGUGAUUUGAGUAUUUUUUAGUUAUGGGGGAAUUGUUGAGGAAUUCAGCUUCUUUCGCUAUAAUAGCAAAUGGGUUUGGAUUGCAGUUUCAUUCAUGUAGCCAAAGUAGAGAUACUGUUUGCUUUAGGUUUUUUAAUGGCAGCUUCAAUGGUGGUUUGCCUUUGAAAACUCACAAAAGGCUUGUACUGAAAUGUAGGCUAAACAUGGUUUUGGUGCCAGUUUAUGAAUAUGUUCGAUUUAGUCCUUUUCCAAUGAACAUGCCAAGGAUGAAUUUGCAAUUCAAGUCCACCAAGAUGGGUAAUAGAGUUAAAGCACUGAAUAUGACUGCUAGUUUUGAAUCUGAGUUGGAUUCUAGUCGAAAUUUGCCUUCAACAAGUUCAAAUGGGAAGGACCUUGUUUAUGAUAGUAAGGUACAUUUUUUGGAAGAAAGGAAUGAAGAGGAAUUAUCAAGAAGAAUAUUGAUGCUUAGUAGGUCUAACAAGGUUAGAAGUGCAUUGGAAUUGUAUAAAUCAAUGGAGUUUUCGGGUCUUAAACCCGAUGUUCAUGCAUAUAAUUCUCUUCUCUCUUGCAUGCUUAGAAACGGGUUACUCGAUGAUGCUUUGCGAACUUUCGAGUUUAUGAAGAACAAUAAAGUCAUUACAGGACAUACUUAUAGCAUAAUACUGAAAGCUAUUGCGGAUACUCAAGGUAAUGAUGCAGCUUUAGAUAUGUUUGCAGAAUUGGAAAGGGACUCAAAACUGAAGAAAGAUUUUGAUAUGGUUGUUUAUAAUACAGUUAUAUCGAUUUGUGGAAGAUCGAAUAAUUGGGUUGAAACCGAGGGGUUAUGGAGAAGAAUCCAGGAAAAUGGUUAUAUAGGAACACAAGUCACAUAUUCCUUGCUAAUUAGCAUUUUUGUUCGUUGUAAUCAAUGCGAAUUGGCAAUUGAUGCUUACACUGAGAUGAUUCGAAACAGAGUCGAACCCCGUGAUGACACUAUGCAUGCUAUGAUUAACGCAUGUGUGAAAGAAGAGAAACGGGAUUUAGCGUUAUCUAUAUUUCAGAAAAUGUUGAAUGAUGGAUUGAAACCGAAUCUAGUAGCUUGCAAUGCAUUGAUUAAUUCACUUGGAAAAGGCGGAGAGAUCAAAUUAGCUUUUAAAAUCUAUGAUAUUAUGAUAUCUUUAGGUCAUAAACCAGAUGAUUUCACAUGGAAUUCAUUGCUUGGUGCUUUGUAUAGAGCAAACCAACAUGCCGAUGCUCUUCACCUCUUUGAAAGAAUAAGACAACAGAAUGAACUCAUAAGCCUUCAUCUAUACAACACCGCCUUAAUGUCGUGCCAGAAGCUUGGUUCAUGGGAUAAGGCCUUACAGCUUUUAUGGCAAAUGGAAGGUUUGGGAUUGUCGGUUUCAACCACAUCGUAUAAUCUUGUCAUCGGUGCUUGCGAGACUGCGAGGAAACCGAAAGUUGCAUUGCAAGUUUAUGAUCACAUGAUUCAUCAAAAGUGUGUUCCAGAUACAUUUACUCAUUUAUCACUAAUAAGAAGCUGCAUUUGGGGAUCUCUUUGGGCUGAAGUGGAAGAAAUUUUAGAUGGACUUCCACCAAAUGUAUCUCUUUACAAUGCUGCUAUUCAAGGAAUGAGUUUGAGAGGCAAAGUUGAAUCAGCAAAGAAGCUGUACUUCAAAAUGCAAAAGAAUGGUCUUAAACCUGAUGGCAAAACAAGAGCUUUGAUGCUUCAAAACUUGCGAAAACAUCGAUUUAAAGUGAAGAAGUUGACUUGAGGCCGGAUUUUUCUCCGGUUAUUCAUUAUUUGCGUCCAACAUCCAUAUCUGAUACAUAUCCACACAUGAUAGCAAAAACAAGAGCAUUGAUGCUUCAAAACUUCUGAAUGCUUCGAUUUAAAGAUCAGAAGUUGCCCUAAUGUAACUUUGAUCUUUUUUUUCUUUUUUGAAAUAUUCUUGUCCGAUGCAUAUUUAGAUACGAUGACAAAACAAGAACAUCGAUACUUCAGAACUUACAAAAAGACCGAUUUAAAGCAAAGAAGUCGCCUGGUUCUUCAUUUUUCUUGAUAUAUAUCCAGAUAUUGGUACGUAAAUAUGGCAAUUUAAGGACUUCAA